CAUUUGAUACUACUAACCUCCGAUCUCAAAAUUAAUAAAUUCUUCCACACAUUCAUCACUGUGAUAGGCAUGACUACGAAUACUACGCUAUCAUUGUACACGUAGAUCUAGCUUUAACUGGCAGAAGAGCUGGUUAAUAUGAUAGGAGGCUGAGAAUAUGUCAUCGCGGCGCAAACAUUCUAAGUCCCGUCAUGGGUGUUCACAGUGCAAAGCGGCUCAUGUCAAGUGUGACGUUGUACAACCAAUAUGCGGCAAAUGUAUGAAGACUGGAAAGAAUUGUGAAUUCAAAAAUCUAGUUAAUGCAAGAUUUUUGAACACCCACUCUACAUCAUAUAGUCAGGGCCAUCCAACAACCCCACCGCUGUUGGUAACGGGCCCCCAAGAUAACACGACAAUUGCUUCAGAGAAUGUGUUAUGGGAUGAAUUAGAGCUCAUGCAUCAUUUUUCAACAGUCACCUACGCAACAUUGGCCACACGAAACGAUCUUCGUCAAAUGUGGCAAAUCCAGGUCCCAAGGUUGGCGUUGAAGCAAAAAUAUCUAAUUCACGGCCUUUUCAGUGUCGCAGCAUUACACAUGGCUCACUCCCAUCUAGACAACCAAUCUUCAUACAUUGAUAGAGCCAUCCGCCACCACGACAUCUCCAUCCGGGGAUUCAGCUUAGAACUGCAGGGGAAUAUCACGAAAGAAAACAUCGCAUCAUUAUUCUCUUGCGCAGCCAUGACCGCUAUGUUUGCUUUCAGUCUCGCCAUAUUAAGACCGCAUGAGGAGCCGAGUCGACCCAUUGAGGAACUCUUUGGCAUCUUUACGCUCCUACGAGGCAUGCCGGUGGUCAUAGGUGAAAUGUGGAACUUGGUUAAAGAAAGCGAGAUUGCGCCCAUGUUCAUAGGCAGACAGGUGGACGACUCAAUUGUAUUAUCAGACGAUGUCACAAACGCCAUGAAGCUGCUUGAAGACCGGAAUCAGCUAACGUCGACGUUGGAUUCGGAUAGGCAUACUUACGCCCUUGCCAUUAAGGGGUUGAGGGAUUGCUUUAAGCUGAUAUCGUCAAAGGAUCGGAAUAACGGGAUGGCGUUUAGUUGGCCUAUCACUGUUAGUCAGGAGUAUAUUGCGUUUCUGCGCUCCCGACGGCAGAUGGCUUUGGUGAUUCUGGCGCACUAUGCUGUUAUCCUUUAUGGGGUCAGAGAUACGUGGUGGGCGAUGGGGUGGGGGAGUAAGCUGAUCCAAGAGUUGGACCAGGUUGUGGAAGAUGAGUGGAAGAGUCUGCUGGUAUGGCCCAUGGAGAAUAUUGUCAGGGGAAGGUGAAUAUAGUUAGUAUUUGUAUAUCACAACAAGAGGGCCACGAGCAUAGUCAAACCAGUUCUAAAUAGAUUGUUUAUAUUGCCAGC